CACCGGUCGCGCCCAGCCUGAAAUAGACGCCCGCUCGACCGCAGCAACUGAACGCCACAAGCAAACAUCAUACAGAGAAAAGUUUUUGGCCACGAAAACGAUUGGACAUAAACCCAGCUUCUCUAAACUCUGACGCCACAGAAUGAUGCGGCCGUGCUUCUAUUGGAUUCAGCCUCGCAAUGGCUGCCACACCUCGUCUAUACCCUAGUACGCCUGGACAAGGACCGUUUCUGUUUCCCUUGUCUCCUUUGCCCCUUUCCUCGUCACCAGCGUCCAGUUCUGGACGUUGACGACUAUCCUGUAGAGAUAGAUGCUAGUAUUAGGGGCUGCUGUUUAUGUUUUCUAUUUAGAAGCCAGGUACCCGGCCUCUUACACCAUAUGCGUGAUUUCUUGCGAGAACCAACAAGAGCUCUCCAAUAACAGAACGACGUCUUUUACUUUCAUCAACAGCAAUAAUGGCUCUGAAUGAACAACGUUUGACAAAUACCCAGGGAAAACCAGACGAUCUGUCUGUAUGUUACGGUCAGUUCACUAGUGGCCUUCUGAAGAGGCUACCCUCCCAAGCCCAGAGAAUACGGGAUUUCAAAAAUUAUAAGAAGAGGAAAUUUGACGAAGUUGAUGGAGAAUGUCCCUCUGAAGAAGCAGCCCAGAUGACAAUGCUAUCAAAUGAGCUCACAGCAAGGGCCGCGGCUAUAGAACUGGCCAAACAUCAAUCAAACGAGAAGUUUAUAAAGCUUGUCCACGCAAUGUAUAAAUUCGAAGACCAGAUGAUGCAUUACGCUAUAACCGAAAAGUUCAAACUUCCAGCUUGGCUAAGGCAACGCUACGGUCGACGUAUGGUACAUUUUCGUCUACCAUCGCAGGCAAAUGCCAGCCUCCGUCCGAAGCACUCGAAUCAGCGGGACGUACAAGCCACUGACACUGAAGCGGAAAAUGAGCAUCAAGGCAAUGUUACGAACAUGCCUGACGCCACCGAAGCAUCUAAUCGCGAAGCUAGGAGGGAAGAUGAAGUAGGAGAGGAAGAGGAGGGCAUAGUUUAUGCCUGCAGGAACAGGCGAUCUAGAGUACCAAGAGUGGUUACCUCACCGCCGCCUAGUCCACGCGAGUCGCCUUCGCCACCAGAGCAUCCUCUAUCUAUAACGCAUCAGGGAACCACUACAUUUGAAGAGAUAUUCAACAAUGGUCUGACGCAGCGGGAAAUCAUUGAAUUUCCCAAAGGUAUGAACAUGAGAUAUGUUCUGUACUGCAAACAAUGCAAGUAUGAGUGCAGUCGUAAGCUUACUGCAGAUUUCAAGCCUACGGAUUGCAUGCGCAGCGCCAUUGCGCACAUGCGCCCACAUAAAUUACCUGUUCCUCGAAGGUUGACUGAUUGGCAAUGCAAGCAGUACGACAUCACUAAUAUGCAGGUCCAUAUCGUUGAGACCAUGGGCAUCUUGGUACUACAUUGCACAGAGGCUGAACAGGACCGAAAUAACGAAUUCUUCUACCGGCGAGCUAUGGCCUAUGAGCUGAGCGGGAUGGUUCGGCCGGAAAAUAAUGGCCAGACACCUAACCGACCUUCCUCACGCAGAGGUAACCAUGUUGAAGACUCUGAGUUUGAUGAUGAUGAGGAUAUGCCCAUGGCCAUCGAAGGUGAUGAAGAGUCUGAUAGGGAACCGGCUAAUCAUACUCGCACCGCCCAUGUGGAAUCAGAGCCGGCCGAAUGUAUCUCUGGUCAUGUCUUGAAUGCGAACCUGGUAAUGGAAGAGAUCAAGAUUCCAGAGAGUACUUCUACGGCAUCUACUACUCAGGCAGGUGCAACCGCAUCUGCAGCAGUACCAGCCUCACUCUCAGCAUCAGCAUCAGCAUCAGCAUCAGUACCUAAAGCAACACCUGCAGCUGCAUCUGCACCUGCACCUGCACCUACGCGUGUACCUGCAUCUACGCCUGCAGCCACACCCACAUCUGCCCCAAGACAAGUACCGGGGCCAGCAUCAGUCCCUAGGUAUAUGCCAUCAAUGGCAUCUAAACCUGUGGUAUCUCAUGCGUCUUCACCAAAGCACACACCCAUGCUAUCGUCGAAAGAGCGUGAGAUAAUUCGUCGCGUAGCGCCCCAGGGGAGCCAGCCUCAAAAACCACCAUAUAUUGUACCUAUGAGGCAACUUACAGAUCAGAGAGCCCACCUUAGCCCUGGAAGCGGCUCUAGGUACAUCUAUAACCCUACAGCAUCAUCGUCGUCUACAUCUAUGGCAAAUCGCCCAUCGCCAGUCUAUGCCCAUAUGGGCGGCACACCGAGCCCUGCGCCCACUGGACUCUGAGAUGCUGUCGUGAAUAUAGUCUUGGUUAGGACGUCGAAUCAGCUUCCUUUGUCAAUUUCCUUUUCCUUAGUUACUUGUUCUAUCUCUCGCCUUUCCUAUUUGCUUCGUUAUUGUCUUGAUUUGGAUUUUGAGUGUAGGGUUCGCAGUCGAGGUUCAUUGAAAGCUACUUGUACACGGCUGUUACGCUUUCAAUAUGGUAUAUCACAAGUUUGCACAGACUAUUUUGUAAUGUUUGGUUAUAUUUCCUAAAUUCUACUUUUGGUAUUUACGUUCAUGGCAUUCCCGUGAGAGAAUGCGUGGUGGUGAUGUCACAGACUUGUGGUUCCUCUUCGCAAGUCGAACGUAGCAGGGGUCAUUAUCGUUUGCUUUUUUAUAAUAUCGUUCCAAUCGUAAUUUACAGGAGAGUCUCGCCGAGAGCGCAGCGGACAAUGGAGCAGCCGGCACGGACGGUCUCCUGGGCGCCAGCCUCGGUGGCAGCAAGAGCAGGGUUAACCUCGACAAGGUCGACGGCAAUCAGGUUGCCGGUCUGGUGGAUGCACUCGCAGAUGUAGUCACCCUCGCGGAGAGUAAGACCGCCGCGGACGGGGGUACCGGUGCUGGGAGCCCAGGUAGGGUCGAGGGCGUCAAUGUCGAAGGACAGGUGGAUGGGGGUGUCGGCGCCAAUGUGAGCAAGAGCCAUCUCCAUGACACGGCCAAUGCCGUAGCGGUCAACAUCGAACAUGCUGAAGGCCUUGACGCCGUGCUCGCGGAGGAUCUUCUUCUCGCCGACAUCGACGUCACGGAGACCAAUGUAGACAAGCUUCUUGAUGUUGAGCUGGUGCUCCUCCUUGACCCAGCCGAAGGCGUCGUCGCUGUCGCCCUUUGCAAGGCCAGUCAGGAAGGCAACGGGCAUGCCGUGGAUGUUGCCGCUGUCGCUGGACUCGGGGGUGUUGAUGUCGGCGUGGGCAUCGACCCAGAUGACGGCAAUCUCGCGGCCGAGGCGCUCGCGGGUGGCCUUGGCGGUACCGGAGAUGGUGCCGAUGGCAAUGGAGUGAUCACCACCGAGGGUGAGGGUGAGGCGGCCGGCAACGGACUGUUCGUAGGUCUUCUGGGAGAUGGCCUUGUUGACGGCAGAGACGGUGCGGGGAUUCUUCAUGCCGCGGUGGUCGGCAUCGUUGGCGACAGCAAGGUCCUUGUAGUACUGGACCUCGGAAUCACCGUGCAGCUUGUAGCCAAGCUCAGUGUUGAUCUGGCCGAGGAGACCAGACUGGAUGAGGGCCUGGGGGCCGUUGUCGACACCGGCCUUGGG